CGCCGGGGAGGACCAGCCGCCGCCGCCCAGGACUGCGCCCUUAGGGAGGAGGAGGCGAGAAGAUGGCGGACGACCCCACUGCUGCGGAUAGGAACGUGGAGAUCUGGAAGAUCAAGAAGCUGAUUAAGAGCUUGGAGGCGGCCAGCAGCAAUGGCACAAGCAUGAUAUCAUUGAUCAUUCCUCCCAAAGACCAGAUUUCACGAGGCAAAAUGUUAGCAGAUGAGUUUGGAACUGUGUUUAACAUUAAGUCACGAGUAAACCGCCUUUCAGCCCUGGGAGUCAUUACAUCUGUACAACAAAGACUCAAACUUUAUAACAAAGUACCUCCAAAUGGCCUGGUUGUUUACUGUGGUACAAUUGUAACAGAAGAAGGAAAGGAAAAAAAAGUCAACAUUGACUUUGAACCUUUCAAACCAAUUAAUACAUCAUUGUAUCUGUGUGACAAUAAAUUCCAUACAGAGGCACUUACAGCACUACUUUCAGAUGACAGCAAAUUUGGCUUCAUUGUAAUAGAUGGUAGUGGUGCACUUUUUGGCACACUCCAAGGGAACACAAGAGAAGUCCUGCACAAAUUCACUGUGGAUCUCCCAAAGAAACAUGAUAGAGGAGGUCAGUAAGCCUUGCGUUUUGCCCGUUUAAGAAUGGAAAAGAGCAGACAUAACUAUGUUUGGAAAGUAGCUGAGACUACUGUGCAGCUGUUUAUUUCUGGGGACAAAGUGAAUGUGGCUGGUCUCGUUUUAGCUGGAUUUGCUGACUUUAAAACUGAACUAAGUCAAUCUGAUAUGUUUGAUCAGAGGUUGCAAUCAAAAGUUUUAAAAUUAGUUGAUAUAUCCUAUGGUGGGGAAAAUGGAUUCAACCAAGCUAUUGAGUUAUCUACUGAAAUCCUCUCCAACGUGAAAUUCAUUCAAGAAAAGAAAUUAAUAGGACGAUACUUUGAUGAAAUAAGCCAGGACACGGGCAAGUACUGUUUUGGAGUUGAAGAUACACUAAAAGCUUUAGAAAUGGGAGCUGUAGAAAUUCUAAUAGUCUACGAAAAUCUGGAUAUAAUGAGAUACGUCCUUCAUUGCCAAGGCACAGAAGAGGAGAAAAAUCUCUGUCUAACUCCAGAACAAGAGAAGGAUAAAUCCCAUUUCACAGACAAAGAGACAGGACAAGAACAUGAACUAAUUGAGAGCAUGCCCUUGCUGGAAUGGUUUGCUAAUAACUACAAAAAAUUUGGAGCUACAUUGGAAAUUGUCACAGAUAAGUCACAAGAAGAAUCCCAAUUUGUGAAAGGAUUUGGUGGCAUUGGAGGUAUCUUGCGGUACCGAGUAGAUUUCCAGGGAAUGGAAUACCAAGGAGGAGACGACGAAUUUUUUGACCUUGAUGACUACUAGGUAGUCGACAUGGGUCCGGCAAAAUGUGCCUCACCCUCCAGCAUCCAACCCAAGGAGCAUACCCGUGGUGGAAUCCAAACAGAUCCCUGCCUUACAAUUGGAACAUUUCUAGAACUUAAUCCAUGAGCAUUGGAUACUGAAAAGAAAACGGAAACAAAACCAGAUCCAACCCUACACUUUGGUUUGUCAUGGUGUCAGCGCAGCAGCAGCCUACAACUAAGUUCCUAAAUGCCACUUUGGACUAAUUUAAACAAGAAUCCCAGUUUUUACUUUUACUUGAUGGUGAAAUUGGUUGCUCUUGUAUUUUAUGAAAAAAAAAAUGAUUUUUUUAACCUUCAUACAUAGAAGCAAAAAUACUUUAACUGCUGGAAACCUUCAAAACUUAAUAGACAUGAGAUCAUACUGAUUUGUUUCUUAUUUUGAUUGGAAAAAAUUAAAUUGCUGCAUUUCGCAGUGACCCAUUUCCAUGGCAUUCUCAGCUUAGACUGCAUAAGAAGAAAUAUAUGUGGUGAAAUGUUGGAAUCAUUUCUCUCUCGGUCUCUUGUUUAAUGUUGAAAGGGUGAGCUAAUAGGCAAUUUCACUCCCUCACACUACCCGUCCCCCCUCCAGACUGUUAGUUUCGAGGAUGCAAA